CAUGUCACAUCCCUAACUUGCAUUCCUAUAGUGUGUCUCACCAGGAACAACUAGACAAAUAUCAUCCCUACGCCUCUUUAGGAAAUAGUCACAAGUCUGAAGUACAACACUACGAAUAGCAAAGAAAGAUAGGCCUUAAAAUGGGAGAAUCUCGAGGAGAACUUCUCGCUUGGAUCAACACGAUCACUCUAUCGGGAUAUACUAAAGUAGAGCAAUGUGGUAGCGGUGCGGCUUAUUGCCAGAUCAUUGACGCCAUGUACGGCGACGUACCGAUGACCAAAGUCAAGGUCAACGCCAACCAGGAAUACCAAUACAUUACCAACUUCAAGGUCCUGCAGAAGGCUUUUAAGGAUCAUGCGAUUGACAAGCCUAUUCCCGUGGACAGGCUGAUGAAGUGUAAGAUGCAGGACAACCUCGAAUUCUUGCAAUGGCUCAAGAAGUUCUGGGACGCCAACUGGGACGGGACAGAAUACGAUGCGGCUGGCCGAGCAGGCGGACAGAUCGUGAACCAGCCACCAGCCAGAGCUCCGGCCCGAGUGGCUCCCGGGCGAGGAAACACCCCUGUUGGAGCGAGGGCUGGCGUCUCAGCGAGUAGGAGUGGGAGCGGUCUCGCUCGGAAUGCCGCUCCAGCCGUUUCUGCGGCCGCUCGGGACGAGAUCAACACCCUGCGUAUGCAGUUGGAAGAUCUGACGGAACACAGUCUGACGCUAGAGAAAGAGCGAGACUUUUACUUUGGCAAACUGCGUAACGUCGAGACGAUGAUCCAAACUCGUCUAGGUGAACCCGAGGAUAAGGUGGACGCCCAGGAAAGAGCCACUUUGACUAAACUCCAAGAAGAACUCUAUUCGGUCGAGGACGGCUUCGAGACCCCGGCUGCUGAUCUCGAAGGUCUGGCAAUCGAGGACGACCUGAACGACGAGCAGCUGUUGGACGAGGGUAUGGCACAGGCUCGACCAGCGGACAAGCAUGAUGAAGAUGAGAUCUUCUAGACAUGCUGCGGACGGGUGUAUGACGACCUUGGGAUUCUUGACGACAUAUGAUGCGAAUACGAUAAUCCGGCUUGUCAAGCAAUUGGCGGAAUGGCAGUGCUGGAAGGCUACAGAAGUGAUGGCUGUUUCGAGACCGGAUCAGAGGGCGAAUCGGCUGCCUGUCGGUAGCAGUCGAACCGGAACAGGGCAUAAAUAUAUCAGGCAUGGUCUAACCACACUUCCUUAUUCUACUCUCAAACGUAUCUGUAAGGGCGCUGUUGAACCCUUGCGAAAGGUGGCGAAUCCUCCACGCUCGUAUCGCCAGCAGACUGUUAAAUAUGAAAUUGUCGGGGCA